AUAACCUAAGUCCCCUUCUUCCUUCUCUUUUAAAGCGUAACAAAUACCUCCAUAAAGCCCCACUAAUUGCCUUACAAAAUACAAAAUUUGCCACCUUUUGCCUUCUAAACCAAUUCUACCCUACUCUCUCUUUCGAGGAAUUGAAUUGAAACGACAUGUCGAAUCCUCUGUUUCUCUUCUCCAUCUUCUUCGUCGCUCACCUCUUUCAUCUCUCUCAUGGAGAUGUCGGCACUGCUACACCUUAUGGUCCUCCUUAUUUACCCACCGCUUGUGCCGGAAACGACUUCUCGAUGUUUCCGACGACAAACCUGUUCGCGGCGGCCGGAGAAGGAAUCUGGGAGAAUGGAGCGGCUUGUGGAAGACAAUACCUAGUGAGAUGCUUGAGCUCCGCCGUACCGAAGGCGUGCGUUCCCGAUCAGACGAUUCAGGUCACGAUCGUUGAUCGGGCGAUUUCGACGGUGUCGAAGGCGGUGGUGCCAGAUACGACGAUGACGUUGUCAACGACGGCAUAUAAAUCCAUCGUUAAAGGAGCUACGUCGCUCGUGAAAAUUGAAUUCACACAGGCUUGAAUUGAAAAUUCAUGGAAGAAGGUUGAAUAAUUGCGUGAAAGCAAAACGAGAAUUAUGACGUAUGUAUUUAGUGUUUUUUUUUUUUUUUUAAUCUAAAUUUGGCUGGCUGGUCGAAAUUCUAGAACUGUGAAGAAGAUGAAGUCCAUAUGUUCGGUUUCCGCCAUUGACACAAUCACCUAAUCUCUUCUAUACUUAUACUUUUCUCUAGAGAGGUUGACAAGGCAGGAUAGGGUCGGGAUGCCAUUUCUCAUUCCCGUUUCCGUUCCUCAUUUUAUUUUUCAUCUCGUGAAAUUUCCAUGAGAAUCGGAGCAGAAAUUUCAUGGGG